CCACAUCGGCCACAAGUCACAACGGUGGCGUGGUGCUUCCACUUUCGGCUUCCGCCCCUGACGCGCGGAACUGGCGGUGGCGGGCGAAGCUAAUGGCCAUCCAUGCCAUGCCGCUCCACCUCCGCCUCCGCCUCCAUGCGGGGAAGGUAGCCAGACGCGUAUAAAGGGCAGCCAGGAAUUCGGAUCCACCUGUCUGCGUCUCCGUUCGUUCACGGCACAGGCAAGGCGCAGGGGCUUGUUGAGGAAGAGCGAGGAGAGGAGAGGAGAGGAGGAGGACAUGGUGCACGGGACGCUGGAGGUGCUGCUCGUUGGGGCCAAGGGCCUCGAGAACACCGAUUACCUCUGUAACAUGGAUCCGUAUGCAAUUCUCAAGUGCCGUUCACAGGAGCAGAAGAGCAGUAUUGCAGCUGGAAAAGGAACUAGCCCUGAGUGGAAUGAAAACUUUAUCUUCACAGUGUCUGACCGGACCACAGACUUGUUAAUCAAGCUUAUGGAUAGUGAUACAGGCACAGCAGAUGACUUUGUUGGUGAAGCAACGAUUCCAUUGGAAGCAGUGUAUACAGAAAGGAGCAUUCCACCAACAUGCUAUAAUGUUGUGAAAGGUGAAAAAUACUGUGGAGAAAUCAAAGUUGGUCUCACAUUCACUCCUGAGGAUACUCGCCAGCGGGGUCUCCCAGAGGACUUUGGUGGAUGGAAGCAAUCAUCUUAGAGCUAGAACACCAGAGCACAGCGACAAUUCAUGACCUUGGAGUCUUCAGCCGUUGAAUACUUCAUGCUAAUGCAGAAUUUAGUCUAUUUGGUAUUUCUAACUUCGUGUUAAGAAACUGAUAGAUCGUGCUUGUCUUGCCUUCUUUCAUUCUUCGUAAGCGUAUUGAAGCUGCACUGCUGCACAACAGCAGAAGGCUUCUGGUGCAAAAUGUGCACCCACCUUCUCGUUGGAGUUGUGAUCUGCAUAUAUAUGGCCGCGCUGGCAAUUUUUCUACAUACUGAAUUCAGUAAUGCUGUCCUUUCCGGCUUCAAGCGUGGGAAGCAAUUGAACGAUUUGGUGUUGUUACUGUCAUUUCGAACACUGAAAGACCAUCUUUCUUUGCUUUAUUCGGCUUUAUCCCAAAAGGAAGAAUUUUGUGUAA